GAGGACGGACGGUUUGCGUCUGUCAUAUCUGUCAAAUUUGUGUACAAUACUCCCUCAUUUUAGAUUUUAAAAACAAGGUAUUUGUAAAAAAAUAUGGCUUCUGUAAUGGAUGUAGAUGAAGAAGAAGUCGAAAUGGCUUCCUCCAGUAGUGGUAAAGGUGACAAAAAGAGAUUUGAAGUUAAAAAGUGGAAUGCAGUCGCUUUAUGGGCUUGGGAUAUUGUGGUCGAUAACUGCGCGAUUUGCCGAAACCAUAUUAUGGAUCUGUGCAUAGAAUGUCAAGCAAAUCAGGCAUCAGCUACGAGUGAGGAAUGUACAGUGGCUUGGGGUGUGUGUAAUCAUGCUUUCCACUUCCAUUGUAUCUCACGCUGGCUUAAAACUAGACAAGUCUGUCCUCUAGACAACAGAGAAUGGGAAUUCCAGAAGUACGGACACUAGAGCGGGAAGUAAAACCUAUCCCACACAAGAAGUCACUGCUUACCAUAUUGAGAAUGGGCCAUGCCAAUGUCAAUAUUGCUAUAAGUUGAUAAUAAACUAACUCAAAAGUACUAAA